UCAUUUUCCAUUCACAGAAACAUUUUCAAGAGAAGGCGUCUUCAUAAACGCCUUCGUCUCCAUUUUCAUAAUCCUUCUUCUUCUUCUUCUUCGGUUUCAUUUUGAUCGUAAAUUCUGUUUCUUCUUCUUCGUCGACUUUGUUUUGCUUCAUAUUGCUUUGAUUUUAGCGAUGAGAGAGUGCAUCUCGAUUCACAUUGGUCAGGCUGGAAUUCAGGUCGGCAAUGCAUGCUGGGAACUGUAUUGCCUUGAGCAUGGAAUUCAGCCUGAUGGCCAAAUGCCAAGUGACAAGACCGUUGGCGGAGGCGAUGAUGCUUUCAACACCUUCUUCAGUGAAACAGGUGCAGGCAAGCACGUUCCUCGAGCCGUUUUCGUGGAUCUCGAGCCUACUGUCAUUGAUGAGGUGAGGACUGGAAUAUACCGCCAAUUGUUCCAUCCUGAACAGCUAAUUAGCGGCAAGGAGGACGCUGCCAACAACUUUGCUCGUGGCCAUUACACCAUUGGCAAGGAGAUUGUUGAUCUCUGCUUGGAUCGCAUUAGAAAACUUGCUGAUAACUGCACCGGGCUUCAAGGAUUCCUGGUUUUUAAUGCUGUUGGUGGGGGUACUGGCUCUGGUUUAGGCUCCCUCCUCUUGGAGCGUUUGUCUGUCGACUAUGGCAAGAAAUCAAAGCUCGGUUUCACCGUUUAUCCCUCCCCACAAGUGUCGACCUCUGUUGUUGAACCUUACAACAGUGUUCUCUCAACCCACUCUCUCCUUGAACAUACAGACGUUUCUGUACUUCUUGACAAUGAAGCCAUUUAUGACAUCUGUAGACGCUCUCUUGACAUUGAGCGACCCACAUACACAAACCUCAACCGUCUGAUCUCUCAGGUGAUUUCAUCUCUAACUGCCUCUCUACGAUUCGACGGGGCUCUGAAUGUGGAUGUAACCGAGUUCCAAACGAACUUAGUUCCAUACCCAAGAAUCCACUUCAUGCUUUCCUCCUAUGCUCCAGUCAUCUCUGCGGAGAAGGCAUACCACGAACAGCUCUCCGUUGCCGAAAUCACCAACAGCGCUUUCGAGCCAUCUUCCAUGAUGGCGAAGUGCGAUCCCCGGCAUGGGAAGUACAUGGCCUGCUGUCUGAUGUACCGAGGAGACGUUGUGCCAAAGGACGUCAACGCCGCCGUGGCCACCAUCAAAACCAAGCGCACGAUUCAGUUCGUGGACUGGUGCCCCACCGGGUUCAAGUGCGGCAUCAACUACCAGCCGCCGACGGUGGUGCCGGGCGGCGACCUCGCCAAAGUGCAGAGGGCAAUCUGUAUGAUCUCCAACUCGACGAGCGUGGCGGAGGUGUUCUCUCGGAUCGACCACAAGUUCGAUCUGAUGUAUGCGAAGAGGGCGUUCGUGCAUUGGUACGUGGGGGAGGGGAUGGAGGAGGGGGAGUUCUCUGAGGCUCGCGAGGAUCUUGCGGCGCUUGAGAAGGACUAUGAGGAAGUGGGCGCUGAGUCUGCGGAAGGUGAUGACGACGAUCAGGAGGACUACUGAGGACGCGAAGAUGAUGCUGGAGCACUAGAGUAGCAGACUUUUACACGAGAAUUAUGACACUAAAACACAAAUUCACUUGAAAUUGAGUUCGGCCUCUUUUAUCCAUUUCGGUUGCCCUAAAAUUGAGAAGGGGUAUAAAAUCUUGCAUUCAGGGCUGCCUCUAUUGAUUCUCAAUCAAUCCCUAGAGAGAACAAGACAAGAAAAGAGAGAAGAUUCUUACACUUUUGUUGAGGAGGAAUCUGAAGAAGACAAAAAAGGAGUUGAUACAGUGAAGGGCUACCCCUUGCGUAUGUAUGAGUAUGAGGACAGUGCACAUACCUCCCAGAUACAGUGAGGGAUUGCUGUCAUUCUUCAUUCUUCAUUCUUUUAUAUUUUAUAGUUAAUGGGUUUUGUA